AUGCCACACUGCUAUGGCCUUGCCUCUCUCUGCCGUUGCUGUACGCUUCACACCACAUGCAGUAGGGGCGGAGGUGAAAAUAGUGGCGGUGCGACUAAGCGGGAGGUGCUCAAAACCCCAUCUAUUGUUUUCUUCGGUGGGGACAUCGUUUCGCUGGUGGCUCUCAAGAUGUUGCGUGAGCGGCUGGAGUGCAUUCGGGCGACAGAGACUGUUGCCGCCUCGGAUGCAGGAUUGAUGCCUCCUAGCCAAUCACACCUGGCAAAAACGGCGGAGGGCAAACAGCAGCUAGUCGUUGUGUGUCCCUUUUUACCUGCGGAUCCCAGUGUCAUUUCUCAACGUCACACCCGACAGUAUCCUGUGGCGCGCUACUGUGUUAAGCACAACAUACCAUUGAUACCAGUGGACCAUCCAACAUCGAUGGCGCGGAGUACAACGCUGCGGUACCUCCUUAACCCUUGGCGUGCUGGCGAGCAGAGCAGCAGUGCGGCGGGGAAGCAGGUGAUGAGAGGGGAGGAGGAAAAUCGGUACCUCUUGGGCCAACCACUGGAGGCGUUUGAUGUUGCUGUAGUGGUGUCGUUUCGUUACUUUAUUCCAAAGAAGCUGUUGGAGCGGCUGCCUCGCACUGUCAACCUCCACCCAUCGCUGCUGCCACGUUAUAGAGGCGCGAGUCCCAUUUUUGCCCCGCUCCUUCGCUGUGAUGAAGUUGGCGGGGCGAGCGUCAUCAAACUGUCGCCAGAGCAGCGUCUGAUGGAUUCCGGGGACGUGCUGUGGCAGAAGUCCAUGCCCAUUCCACACGACAUGAGCAUCCGUGAGUAUUUUCCCCGUGUCACAGAAAUGGGGGCGACGGGGCUGUGCGAGUGCAUUUUUGGUGGUGGACCCUCUGCAAGGGCGCCGGAGCAUGACUGGCGCGACGUGGAAGACGCGGAUGAUGCGGUGGCGAAAGCCUCGAUGUCUCCCACUUGUGACUGGCCCCGCACCUUCAAUGCCCGCUGGGUCUCCGCGUGGCCGCAGCGUUAUGACGUGCACUUCACGAAGGACCCGUAUCACGCCCCUCUUCUCCCCAAGAACAGGGCAGUCAUCCGCUGGGGCACCAUGACUGCCGAGGAGGCGUAUGGCACGUGGAGGGCUUUUGUGGGCGGAGAUUACUACAACCCAACUGUCAACGCCACGCUUGACAAGGGUGCAACACCGGUGCGGGAGCAGCUGCUGCACCGGUUGCUAGCUCGAGCGGCACGAGAGAUAAGGACACUAUCUCAUUAUAGGCAGUCUAAGGAUGGGACAACAGAACUGAGAGGAAACGAAGAGAGGAUCGGCAAGAAGGAUUUCUUUUUAGAAGGGGUUGGGGUGGUGAAGGAAGAGGCAGCAGAGAUGCCUUUGACGAUGGAACCUCACCCCAACCACCUUCAGCGACAUCUUCUUAUCAGCUGCACCUUUACAAAUGCUGUACACCCGAAGGACGUCCCUAGUGCCGUUAUUCGGGAGCUGCACCAGUUGGAGAAGGGGGAGGUUCCCAUCGUAACACGGAGCGCCUAUGAAGAAUAUCAGCACCAGCAGCAGGAGAAGCAGAAACAUCAGCAGCACUAUCGCAUGGGAGUUUAUAUUAAACCUGGCAGUGCAUAUUUCCCGAGAUCAGUUGACGAAAUGUGUGCGGUGAAGUGCCGUGAGGGAUGGUUUGUGUGGCAGGCUGCGGCGUUGAAAGGGUCGACUUCACAGCCAGCGGGCUUACUUUGCAAAGGUAUGGGAAUGAAAACUGGUGUGUUGUAUGUUGGUUUAUUCGUGGAGAAUAAUAAUGGAGAGAGCGAGUCUCCUGCUGUGAAUGUCUAA